AUGGGCAUGAAAUUGAAUACCACAGCAAUUGCUCUGGUGCUAUUGUUAGCAUCUGCUGCAGAAGUGUCUGAGGGCGCAUCGUUUGAUGUGACAAAACAUGGUGCCAAGGCUGAUGGGUCCGAUAUCAGCCAGGCCUUACUCGCAGCUUGGAAGGAAGCAUGUGCAUCACCUACUCCAAGUUCUGUUCUGGUUCCGGCAGGAACAUAUGGACUAGGCCAAAUAUGCUUUGAAGGCCCCUGCAAGGCUCCAAUUAAUCUCAUUGUUGAAGGCACUUUGAAGGCCCCCGUCGAUACCAAAAAUUUCAAGGCUGAUGCUGGUUGGGUUGCUUUCCAAAAUAUCGACCAUUUCACAUUGUCCGGUAAGGGAGUUUUUGAUGGCCAAGGACCAGCUGUGUGGGGCAAAAAAUGUGCCAGAUCUUCGUAUUGCGGGGCCCUUCCCAUUAAUCUGAAGUUCAACUUCCUCACCAAUAGUAUGGUCCGGGACGUAACCACAAAGGACAGCAAACAGUUUCACGUGAACGUACUGGGGUGCAAGAAUUUAAGUUUCUACCAUUUCACCGUCAGUGCACCAGAAGAAAGCCUGAACACAGAUGGAAUCCACAUUGGACGUUCAUCAGGAAUCAACAUUACUAAUACAAACAUAAAAACAGGAGACGACUGCAUCUCCAUCGGUGACGGCAGCGAACAAAUAACCAUCGACCAAGUGACCUGCGGACCGGGCCACGGCAUCAGCGUCGGAAGUCUAGGAAAGUAUGCGAACGAAGCACCGGUUGUUGGCAUUAAGGUAACGGGCAGCACCCUAACCAACACUCAGAACGGCAUAAGAGUGAAAACAUGGCCUGCUUCCCCAGCCGGCAUUGCCUCCAAUAUGCAUUUUGAGGAUAUCAUCAUGAAUAAUGUCGGUAAUCCUAUACUCAUAGAUCAAGAGUACUGCCCAUAUAGCCAAUGCAAACAACAGAUACCCUCACGCGUUAAGAUCAGCGAUGUCACCUUCAAAAACAUCCGAGGGACAUCCUCAACUGAGCUUGCUGUCAAGCUCGUCUGCAGCUCAGGAGUACCAUGCCAAAACGUCCAGCUUACUGACAUUAACUUGAAAUUCAAUGGAGGCGCUCCCACAUCCAUCUGUAAGAACGUCAAGCCGAUUCUAGGGGGCGUGCAGCAGCCCAGGAGUUGUUCAGCAUAAAUCUACUUCGAUCAGAUUCUGACCAAAUCCAAUAAAGGCUGUAGAUCAGCUACUAUAUUUAUAUUGCGCCCAUUUCAUGCCUAUGCGCAUGCUUGUUGAUUGGCGAGUAGCAGUUUUGCGGUUGUCAAAGUACAACACAAUGUAGACAAAUUAAUUAAUGAAAUACCAGUUUAUAUAUUACUGAUA